AUGGAUGGUACUAAUGAUGCACCUUAUGCAUUGGAUUAUUCAGAAUCCAUGGCAUUUUUUAAUAGUGCUUAUAAUCCAACAAGUGCACAAUCAAUUACAGCAACUGAAUUUGAUAUUGCACAAGAAUUACUAUGGGCCGGUAGUAAUGAGGGUCGUGUAGCAUCUUUUUAUGGUUGCGAACUUCGUAAAUAUACUGGCUUUCGUGUAUCAACAACAUCAGAUAUUCGUAGUAUAUUAUCAAUAACUGAAGGGCCACUUAUUCUUACAUCAGAUUCACUUUCAUUAUAUACAAGACAAGGUUUAAAUAUAUUUCAUCAUAGAGCUCCUUAUCUUGAUAAUAUGCAAUGUAUGUUAAUGCCACAAUCUCAUAAACAAAAAAAAAUUUAUAUCGGUGGUUAUGGUGGACAAUUAUGUGAAAUGGACUUUGAUAAAAAAACUUUACUCCGACAAGUAUCACUUGAUGAAGGUGAUUGUAUUAUAUUAAAAUAUUGUACAAGAAAUUUUAUUGCAACGGGUUCAACAAAUGGUGUUGUAAAUUUACGUGAUCCAAAUUCACUUCAAGUUAUACAACGUUUUACUCCACAUCAUGGUAGUUUAUCAGAUUUAGAUAUUAAUAAUAUGUAUUUAGUUACAUGUGGUUUUACACGAAAAAUGGAUCAUAUGAAUCUUGAUCGAUUUCUUGUUGUAUAUGAUCUAAGAAAUAUGCAACAAUUAGCACCUGUACCUGUUUUUAUUGAUCCAUGUUUUUUACAUUAUCAUACAAUGACAAGUACUUCAGUUAUGGUUGCAUCUCAACAAGGACAUCAUACACAAGUUGAUUUGACAGGUGGUUUAACUCAAACAUAUUCACCAAUAAUUAAUCUUACAACAAAUCCAGCUGGAAUAAUAACAACAUUUAGUGUAUCAACAAGUAUGCAUUGUACAGCAUUUGGACAUUCAACUGGUACAAUACAUUUAUUAUAUAAAAAUGAUCCUCAAUGUUGUUUUAAUUAUCAAUCAGUUGAAACACAAUUUGCAAAUCCACCAAUGGAUCCAAAAGUAGGAGAUCUUAAUAAUUCAAUAUCAUCUUUAUCAAGUGUACCUAUACCAAUAACACCACUUAAACUUUUGUCAGAUAUGCCUAAACAAUGGACUAAAUCUAUAGCUAGACCAACACCAAAAAUUCCAAAUGAAUUUCUUGAUAAUGUUCGUGUAUUUCAAGGUCUUGCAUGUGUUAAAAAUCCUUCAACACGUCGUGCUAAUCAAUGGCCAUAUCCACCGGAUUCGGAUACAUUAGCACCACGUGAACAAAUAAAAUUUUUACCUGAUGAAGAUGAUGAUACGAAUAUAAAUAAUAAAAAUAUUCAAGAAGGAACACUUAAUGAUAUUGAAAUACCAAAUCUUAAUUUUGAUACUCUUUCAAUUGGUCAACAACAUCAAGAUACAAUUAUAGCAUCAUCAACAACAUAA